UAUCACUAGUAUUUUUAAACUUUACACCAUCGUGCAUUACCCAUGUGGUAUAUGUGUUUUUACGCUCUAGCAGUGGAGGAAGCUUAAUUUUUGACCCAAUUGGACCCCUAAUAUCUGUAUGAACAUCAGCAUGAACAUGGAGUCGUCAUCAUCAUUGUCAUCAUCAUUAUCGUGCAACACAAAGAAAAGAAAGAACGCAGCCGUGGGAGCUCAUGUGAAGGCCAAGAGAUUAAAAACUGAGCAGGAGGGCGAUGAGGCGCUGCAGAGUGGACGUCUCUCUUGCUCACCGAGGGUCUCAGUGCCGCUCGACUGCCUUCAACAACCAAUUACAUUGAAUGAGCUGACAGAGCUGCUGCAUUACGCUGCUCUGGGGAAAACAGGUGGCAUCAAACAGCCCAGUUGGUGCCGCCUCCGCCAUCAGAGAAAGGUUAAAGGUUUAAAUGUUGUGAUCGUGGAGGGCCUGACGCAGAGUCACUUUUACAAACACUACCUCAGCCUGAGACACCUCAGGACCAAAUACACCACUAGGGUCACCUUCACGCCAUCAUGUAACAACGUAGCAUCUGGAAUCUUCAGCAGUGAACUUCCUACAGUGGACUGUGUUUAUUUUUCCAAACCAGAGAAUGAUAUGCAUAAUGCAUUGAAAGGUCACCCAGUUAUCGCCAAGUUUGGGACCCAGAGGAGAGGACUGACAGCUUACGUUCUCACCCAGGAGGAGAUGAUCAAGAAGCACUACCCUGUCAAGGGAAUGCCAGGCUUCGAGGAAUUUGUGAGCACAGACAGUGUUGACUGUGUGACUGACAGCAGCCCUCUGUAUGGACUUGACUGUGAAAUGUGUCUAACAGAGAAGGGGAAUGAGCUGACUCGUGUUUCUGUGGUGGACAGUGAUGGGAACUGUGUCCUGGACCAUCUGGUGAAGCCCAAGAACCGCAUCCUCAACUACCUCACCAGGUUCUCUGGUGUCACUGCAGCCAUGUUGCGACCCAUCACCACCACCCUGCGGGAUGUGCAGGAAAAACUCAGGAAGCUGUUGCCGGGCGAUGCGGUCCUGGUGGGCCAUUCCAUCAACAAUGACCUCAUGGCUCUAAAGCUCAUCCACCAGCAUGUAAUUGACACCUCACUGCUGUACAGGAGAGAGUUCGGUCAGAGGUUUAAGCUUAAGGUUCUGGCUGAGACGGUGCUGAAGAGGCAAAUACAAACUGAAGAGGAGAAGGGUCAUAAUCCCACUGAGGAUGCUGUGGCAGCCUUGGAGCUGGCCCAGUACUUCAUCAAAACAGGACCUCGUCAGGUUGUAGAGCUUCAUCUGGAGCAGCUGUGGGGAUACACAAUAGAGGAGGAGGAGUCCUCUGACUGCAAACUUGCACCCACACCGAGUCUCAGAUUUGCUGACGUACUUCAGCUACUCGGCCGAUCAGUAGCCUUUUUCGGAAAGCGUUCUGAUGUCGCCCUGAAUCUGUCCAAUCAGCGGUGGUACAGCUCUGACAAAGAGAUGCUGGAAUCCUUUAAGAGACAGACAAAGCAUCCUUUCCUCUCGGUCGUCCAGUUUUCUUCCUUCUCAGACCAUUUGAAGAGACGCUUCCCUCAUCGGGAGCGGCUGCACCGGAGUGUCAGGCAGUUUUUCCAAACAUGUAUUGUCCUGCUGCAUCUCGUGUGGAUGUACUCCUCACUGUGUGUGUUUAUCCUGCAGGUGUGUGCAGAUCUUCGGGAUAUGUGCGUGGUGUUUGCUGGGCCAUUCCCUGCAGGUUUCUCUGAGAGAGAAGUGAGGCGGCUGUUCCGUUGCUGUGGACCAGUUGGAAGAAUCAAAAUGUUGAACACAAGUGUCAGAGUCCAUGCAGAGGUCGAGUUUGAGCUGCUGGAGGGAGCAACGCUAGCUUUAAAAACUCUGAAUGGGCUUAAUGUGCAGGGACAGCACAUGAAGGUAGCUCUCUUCCUUUUAUUCUGUUGCUUCUGUUCCCAUUUCCCUUUUCAUGUCCAAACCUUUCCAGACAGCUGUACUAGUAUUUCAUAUUUUCAGGUGCAGAGGCCUGUAAAUGAGUCACUGCUCGACCUGGAUCUGACUCUUGAUACCUUAACCGAUGACAUUCUCAACACCAGUCACCUCUACGCCGUUAAACUGAAGCCCAGUGUGGCUGAAUGCAUAAAGAUUUCUGCAGAGGUUAACGGACACACAUUAGAUCGUAAAUGUUCAGGUGUUUCUCCUGUAAACGGUUUGCCAGCAGCUAAAACAGACCAGUUACAGCUCACUGACACCAGAUCGAAGCUGUCUGAGGAGACAGUCACAGAGACAUUUGGUCGCUUUGGUACGGUGGAGAGAGUCAUCCUGCCUGCCAAACCUGGAAAACAUACAAGACAUGCAUGCAUAAAGUUCCAGAGUUCAGAGGGCAAACAUGCGGCUCUCAGCUCCUCUAAAGAUCUGCGACAGGAGAACUACCUCAUCUGUCAGUCCCUGACACCGCCCCAUUUGCCUUCAUGGGUUGCCAUGGCAACGCCAGUGACCACAAUCGGAGGUGAUGGGGAAGCAGCAGAGGACGAGAACAAAACCAACAUGGGCCACAGUUCUCAGGAUCUGGAAAUGGAUCACAUGAUGCAGAAGCUGGACCGCCGGUUGGGAAAACUCUUCAGAUCCCUCCCAGACGGCACCUUGUCUGCGGUUGUGCUGCUCGGACACACCAGUGUGAAUGGUCACCUUCCUGGGCUGUGUCUAAUGGAGGUCAAGCAAGGGUCAUGAGGAAACUGAGAAUAAAUCUGUACCAGCAAAACAUCUGAUUUGAAUGUAAUCAAUGAAAUAAAAAGGAAAGAGGC